AUGACACUUGUAGGUGUCGAAUCUGUUGGUUUUAUUGGCCUUGGGGCCAUGGGGAUGUGGAUGGUGGUCCAUUUGGCCGAAAAGCUACCACCGACGGUCAAGAUUUACAUUUUCGAUAUCGUCACACCUCUGAUGAAUGAAUUAUUUGCCAAAUAUCCGCAAAGAGUGGUCCGAUGUGUGAAUCCAAAGGAUGUUGCGGAUCAAUCGAGAAUAAUUCUCACAAUGCUACCGGAAGGGAAGCAUGUUAAAAAAGUCUACCUAUGCGCAGAUGGGAUCUGUUCAGCUGAGCUCGCCGGCAAACUUCUAAUCGACUGUUCAACCAUCGACACAGCGAGCUUCCUCGAAGUACGAGACCACAUAAGCAAUCUCUCUCCCUCAACACUUUUCUAUGACGCCCCAGUUAGUGGUGGAGUUAUCGGUGCAAAAAAGGGUACUCUCGCAUUCUUCGUCGGUUGUUCAGAAGAUGAGACUCCGGAACUCAAUCAAAUAAAGGAAUUGCUAUUGUCAAUGGGAUCAACAGUUAUUCCAUGCGGUGGACCAUCCCUUGGACUUGCGGCUAGGCUCUCCAAUAAUUAUCUCUCCGGGAUAAUUGCAAUUGCGUGUUCAGAGGCCAUGGAUAUGGGAAUGCGCUCUGGACUUGAUCCUCGCAUAUUGGCUAAAGUAUUUGCAGCUGGGACGGCGCAGAAUACGGUUUGCGAUCGAUUUUGUCCUGUUCCUGGUGUUUAUCCCGAAGCACCUUCUUCGAAUGGGUAUCAGGAUGGAUUCAAAGUUCAAUUAAUGCGAAAAGAUUUUUCAUUGGCGGUUGAGAUGGCUCGGAGGGUGGAAUCGAGGAAUGUGCUUGGUGGUGCGGGAUUGACGAUAUAUGAGGGUGCUAGUGAGGAUGUGCGGUGUAAGGAUCUAGAUUCGAGGGUUGUUUUUCGUUAUCUGGGAGGGAAUGAAAAAUGGCAAAAUGAGGAACAAGGGGAAGUAGAGCAUUAG